AUGAAAACGGUAAUCAGGGACCCGUGCAUUCAAAACGGCUGCCGUCGAUUCGUUCUUAUGCAGCAUGGGUUAUGGGCAGGAGCGUGGGACUUCAACGCCAUUGCAGCAGAGUUGUAUUGUCAGACUGGUUCACAGGAUGGCAGGAGUCGAAGGGGGGGCGGUGGAACAGUCAACCAAUUGGGAAACAUCAUGCCCUCCGACGUGGUUCGCACAAAGAGCAGCUGCGGAGGUUCUCUCUUCGCCCGGGGUAACCUCACCUGUUUUUCCUCUGGUGCCAAUGCCCUUAUAGGAUCGCUUCGUAGCACCUCUGUUUGCGCCCAUAAGUUAUUGCAGGAAUUCCUGCCCGUCUUCACAGAGUGGCUGGAUACUGUUGAGAAUAACAGUGCGGAAAAGCUAUCCUUUUCUUGCGUUGGCCACUCCUUCGGUGGUAUCAUUCUACGGGAGGCUUUGUACCUUCUGCUUGUUUCUGAUGAUGCCGGUGAGUACAGUGAAGGCCUCUUUGAUUCUGUUAAAGCCGUACGUGACCGCUUGGCGACGGCAGGUGUCGUCCUGCAGCACUUUGUUACUAUUGCAACACCGCACUGUGGCGCGGCCGAAUGUUUGCCGACUCUUGUGUAUCGUGCCGCCUGGGGCAUCGCCAAGCUGUUCGCGCCGUCCAUAAGUGAAAUUUUACUGAAUGAUGAAGAGGCGUUGCUGUCGGAAAGGCUUCUCGACAAAGGGCAUAUUGAAGCGCUGCGAAUGUUUCACAAACGGAUUCUGUUUGCUAACACACAAAAGGAUGUGCUUGUGGGCUUCGCGACAUCUUCUUUGAUGUUUGACGGUGUAGGAGAGGACAAAGUCCGAAUUAUUGGACGCCCCCAAAGCGAUCUACCCUGCGCCCCGGAAUUUGAAAAUGAUGAAGCAGCGUAUUCGAGGGUGAUUCAUCUAAAAAGGUUACGUGUAAACGGUGACCUUUCAGAUCAAGGGGCUGAUCAGGUUGGAGUCGGCAGUGGCGAAGAAAAAGCGAGGAGUCAGCGCCAUCAGCAAACGUUGCGAAGUCAGGGCACAGGUUCUUCGAAGGUGCAUCGCAGCCCACGUGAAAUUGCCGCCGUACUGCGUAGUGAGCUCGACUGGGACCUUAUUGCCCUUCGAUACAACAACCCAUUGCCCGUAGCCCAUAUUGCUUGCAUAGGUUGGUGCCAGCAACUGGAACCUACGCCCGAACUUGUGCAGCGCAUCGCUGCCGAAAUACUGAAUGCGUAA